AUGUCAACAAGAACCAAGAAACUAACAACGUGGAUCCAAUAUAUACCAACAAGUACAGAGGAACAACAACAUAGAGCGACAAUCACCAACAAGUACAGAGGAAUAACAACAAAGAGCGACAAUCACCAACAAGUACAGAAGAACAACAACAAAGAGCGACAAUCACCAACAAGUACAGAGGAACAACAACAAAGAGCGAAAAUCACAAAAAAAGUACAGAGGAAUAACAACAAAGAGCGACAAUCACAAACAAGUACAGAGGAACAACAUCAAAGAGCGAAAAUCACAAAAAAAGUACAGAGGAAUAACAACAAAGAGCGAAAAUCACAAACAAGUACAGAGGAACAACAACAUAGAGCGACAAUCACCAACAAGUACAGAGGAACAACAACAAAGAGCAAAAAUCACCAACAAGUACAGAGGAACAACAACAAAGAGCGAAAAUCACCAACAAGUACAGAGGAACAACAACAAAGGGCGAAAAUCACCAACAAGUACAGAGGAACAACAACAAAGGGCGAAAAUCACCAACAAGUACAGAGGAAUAACAACAUAGAGCGACAAUCACCAACAAGUACAGAGGAACAACAACAAAGGGCGAAAAUCACCAACAAGUACAGAGGAACAACAACAAAGGGCGACAAUCACCAACAAGUACAGUGGAACAACAACAAAGAGCGACAAUCACAAACAAGUACAGAGGAACAACAACAAAGAGCAAAAAUCACCAUCAAGCACAGAGGAACAACAACAAAGGGCGAAAAUCACCAACAAGUACAGAGGAACAACAACAAAGAGCAAAAAUCACCAACAAGUACAGAGCAACAACAACAAAGGGCGACAAUCACCAACAAGUACAGAGGAAUAACAACAUAG